UUAGUGUACGCUGACUAUACGCGGCAGCAGCAGGCGGGGCACAGAGCCAUCAGGGUGCCGUCACUUACUUAGCUGGGUUCAGUCUGGCGCUGGCGGCAAGAGCGGAGGAAGGUAGGGCUCCGCACGCUCGCUCUCCUUCUCACGUGCCGAUAAAGGACUUGAGAUUCGUGAACUGUCUGUUAUCUUUAUCAAUGAACAAAUCCGGUCCUUAAGUUAGGCAUACCGUGUACUCUGCGCGACGUGGUAGAUGACCAAGUGUUAAUGAUAUAUUAGCAGUAGCGAGGGACACUUUCCAACUUCGUCUGGUUGUGAGGAGUUUGACACACAGAGGGAGGUGACAAACAUGAGAUCACCACUUGCCUUCUUCUUCUGCGUGUGCUGUAUAGCCUCGGAAAUGUGCAAAGGCGAUAAGAGUGAUCCCGUUGAAAGCAGCUUUAUGGCACAAGGAAUGUCCUGUGAUAAAAUGUUACUUACGAUAUCUUCUAAGUGUGCACGCUUAUGAUGUCGUAGCUAUCAUGAUGGCAGUCACUGAGAUUAUCAAGAAAAUGCUCAGCUUUCUAUGAACUUUUCAAGGAUAAGUCGGUUUAACCAAACGAGAGCUCGGUAUUCCUGCAAGUGGCGGUGGAGGUGCCAUCCUACGCAAUGACGGGCGGAGAGGCCACGCUUGGAUGCUCCUUCCAUCUGACAGGAACUCCUAUAUACUCCAUCAAGUGGUACCACAACGGCACCGAGUUUUAUCGCUUUGUCCCCACCGAGAGGGCACAUGCCAUCAGCGACCAGUCUUCGGGUGACUUCUUUGUAACGGAAGUGUUCCGUAGCGACCAGCGGGUGACGCUCUCCCUCUCCCGCCUCAAGCCCUCCGCCUCGGGGAAUUACCUAUGCGAGGUGAUGGCGGAGCAUCCCAGCUUCUUGAAGGAGGCAGUCGCGGGGGAAAUGACUGUGUUACGAGAGCCGCUAUCGCCACCCGUGAUCGCUGGGGCGCAGCACUCUUACCACAGCUCUGAGGAAAUAGAGAUUAAGUGCCAUCCCCGUCACGCCUCUCCUACUGGUUACGCACCUGUCCUUCACUGGCUCCUUGACGGUCGCCAGGUGGACCAUGAACUGGUGAGACCUCUCCCUGCUCGCCGGCCCCAGCACGCCCCAGGCCUGGCUCUUCACCUGCCCGCCACCCAGGUGGUGGCGGCGGGAGGCAGCGUGAGGGCAGAGUGCAGAAUUUCCUUGGGACCCCACGCACGGUCCCACAGCGCUUUCACCACCCUCAUGGUCACUGAUGCUUUACACAUCGGACCUCACUCAUAUUUAUCCGCUGCAGGUCUGUCGACGAUCUUCGGAUGUAGCUGGGCUUGUGUGUUGCUGGAGUGUGCUGUCAUUGUCUUGCUGGAUGGAGGUAGCGUAAGAAUCUGAUUACAGACCUCGAUCGCUGCCAAUUUUCAUCGCAACUACAAAUUUAAGCAAGGAACAUACAGAGCUAUGUAUUAUCCCUAAGUUGAACCACUGCAGUCAUCAAUGGAGUUCACUCAAAUGUGCGUGACAUCACGCAGCUUCGUUCAGUACUCACUUGCUUGUCUCUUAACGCGGAGAUGGCUUUAUUCCCACAGUUAUUUAUUUCCAUUUUUUUUCCUGCGGUAGUUUAACUUCUUUAAAAAAAAAAUAAAGAUGAGUGCAUACGUCAUACUUCUCUAUUAAAUUACGUGACAGCGAUUUAGAACAUGUGAAUAUGUGAGUUACGUCAGUGGGAAUGAUAUUGUAGUGGUUAUAUUGUUUAACUGAGAACUUCACCCUUUUUUUUUUCGAAAAAAAAAAAGUUAUAAUCUCGUGAGGUUUGUCUGAUGUGACACCAAACACGGAACAUCAUCUCUGAAAACUUAAAUGUAUACAGGGUAAUAAGAUAUAGCGGUCCCGACUCUGGCUCAGGAAGAUGCUUCAAUGACACUCAUUAUCCAUACAGUGAUCUCCAUGGGCGUCCGAACGGAGGACCAAAUAUAGGGGCAGAUGGGGUUCUCUUGAAUUUUCAACC